GGAAACAGUCGUGAAGCUGUCACUGUCGGUGGGACCUUACCGAGUCCGCGAUGCUGCUCGUGGCGGUUACAGUGUUACUCAGCAGGUGUCUGCAGCUGCUGCAGUUCGGUGUUCUGAACGCUGAUGCUUGUGUAGUCUCGACCUGGCCAUAUGGAUAUGCAGUUUUUUUUCUCGCAGUCGUCUUCGUCGUGGUCGUCGUCGUGAGCAGCUGCGUUUCUGUUACCGGGGUGCAGUGUAUCAAAUCCAAUGAUGCCGCGCGUUAUUGCACUCGUGUUUUUGCUCUCCUUCGUAGCAGAUGGCGCUUCGGGGCAGCACUUUGGAGCCGACGCCGCACUCGAUGAACUGGCAGACGAAAUUAAGGGAGCAUUGGAAGCAACCGGGAAUGCGCUUGCCUUGGAAUCCGCGCCAAAGCCCGUCAACGCAUUGCAGAAACAGGAGGAGGAGACGGGUGGACAAUUUUCAGUCGUUCCUGCAUACGUUAAUGAAAAGGACACCUCCGACCCCUCUUCUGGUUACCUGCGGUUGAACUUCGUCGCUGCGCGCACCACUUCGCGUGCGGUUGUGCGCUUCGUCUUGCCACCAUGCGUGGCGGUCCAGUCGGCAUCAUCCGCGGGGAGCAGCCAGUGUCCCGGAUUGCAGUUGGACCCGGUAGGACAGAAGGACAGCGCCCGCUGUACGCUAACGAACUUCGAAGGGACGCCAUUGCAGACGCCAUGUCAAAUCAGAACGGAGAACAACAGAAAUGUGGCUGUAUUUUCCUUGGGAGAGAAGGACGGUGACGUGCCACCAAAAGUCUAUGUCUAUGCGCAUCGCUGGGACCGGAUGGGGGUCAAUGGUACUUAAGUAACAAGUAGGAAGAGUCACUACAAUACCUUUUUGCCAUGCUCGAUACAUGGUGAAUCACAACCAGCAUUCGCUUAGAAGCAGCACUGCGCAUAGGAGAUUUGAAUUUUCCCUAUCCAUCUCCGCUACUGCAGGUGACUAUGUUUUCGUUCCCUCCGCGAAGGAAACCCAGGAAGCAGCGGCGGCCGCGGCGAAAGCGGGCGCCAAAGCCGCCCCCGCACCGGGAACUGCAACUUCUGCAGCAGGUGCUCCGGAGAACAAGAACACAAAGCCCCCCGCGACGCCGAUGUACGAGUUUAGGCAGGCUAACGACGGGCCUUUCGGCAUUUUCUACGAGGACGACGGACGCUGGGUCCUGCGACGGCGGGACAAGGAUACGGUCGUGCUGGCGAAAACCAACGCGAUCCCUACGGACGUAACCGACAAACCCGCCUGGCCCGAGGCCGAGGGCGUGUGGACCUGGACCUACGCAACGAAGGGGUCCGACCCGGACGAGGCGCCCCCGCUGUUGGGCCGCGCGGAGGGGGGCAAAGACUCCUCUUCGAGGACCGGGGAGACGGACAAGGGAACAAACGAGAAGGACAGCACAACGAAAUUCUACGCUCUCGCGGUGAAGGCCAGGAUAAGGCUCCCGAGCUUACUCGAUAACAAUAUCAGUGCAGCGUCGAGCGGUAUUAAAGCUUCCUCCGCUACAGAAGCAAGCCGCGAGACGGAACAACAGUCCGAAAGCAAAUCUUCCCUGAUGCUGCCCUCCGGUCCGUCUUUCGAAUCGGUGCUCUCUCCGCCCGAUGGCAAACUGAUGUUCAAGGACGCGACUUUCGAGCUGCAGAUCCAGUACGGCCACGAUCGGUCGGAAACGCUUUCGUUCAAGGCGCACACGCCCUGGGGCUGCGUGUACGGGGACUGGGUGCCGACCACACAGUGCGCAGCGAGGUGCAACCGCGGGAGGCGGAUGUUCAAGCGCAGUUUGCGCCACGAGCCCGCCUAUCAAAUGUAAAAAUGUCUGGGUCUGGAAACUUGUCAUGCUGGGUGGCGUGUCAUGAUGAGGCUACAAAUGCUGGCUCAGCAUGACAAGUUUCUAAGCUCCUAGGUGUUGCCUAUUCUGCAUGACAAACUGCGGCUCUGCAGCACAGAAAAGCGGAGCUCUUGGGUAACGUGCAUGACAGAUUUAAGAGUCAUGCCAGACAAGCAUGACAAACUUCCAUUCUUCCAGACCCAGACAUUUUUACAUUUGAUACCGCCGGUAGCCUGGGCAGCACGGACUUAAUGAACUGCCACAGUGGACCGAUGAUAAAAUUCGAAGACGACUGCGGAGCCGCGCCCUGCGACGUGAACUGCCGCCUGGGCCCGUGGAAGAAGGACCCCGGCGCCGACUGCAGUGCGAGCUGCGGUGGCGGAAUGUUGAUCGAGCGCCGGCAGAUCGUUCAGCCGAACCAGGGCCGGGGCAUCCCCUGCCCGCCGAUCCAGGACAGCUCGCGGGUGCGGUACUCGGCCUGCAACCUCAAUCCCUGCAAGCCGGUGUGCGACACCGUCGCGGACACGAAGAGCUUACGGCGCGCGACGCUGCCGCAAGCGGCGCACACCUGGCGGCCCGUGCUGGCCGCGGGGCGGAGUCUUGCCGAUAGCAAACUUGACGGAACGUCUUCUACCAGUAGCUCUGCGUUAGAAUUGCAAGUGGAACGACGGGGCGAUCCGCACCGCGCGCAGCAGUUUUACGACGCUCCAGAAGAGGCCGGAAUUUUGGCCAAAGCGACCACGUGCUCGGACAAGGAAGUUCCGGAGGAAAUCUACGAAGAAGACGAAGGAGAUCUUUCAGGCACUUCUAUGCUAUCCAACGGCGACCAGCCGGCAAACAGCCCGGUGCGGGAGAUGAUUCCCUGGUCGGAGUGCAGCGACUGGUGCAGUGGAGACGAGGAAGAGACCCCGUUUCAGUUCUGGUACUAUCCCAUGAAGCAAAAGGACUUCACAAGUUUCGAGGGCCGAAACGUGUUUGGGUGGCGCGGCAGCAGCAAGCGCAGACUGCCCUCGCGGAAAGACGGGUUGAAGCUGAAUCUGGAGGAGGCGACGAAGAUGAUGCUUUUUCCCGACGGAUUGCGGGACGGGUCCUCGUCGCAGAACGUUUGCAACAAGUUUUGGGAGAAGCGGUCGUGCAACAUGCACCCGUGCGGCGAUUUCCGCGUUUUUCCGUACAGCCACCUGCUGGCGCCGCUGGGCAACCGUUUCGCGCGGCGCGGCGAGUGGGUGGAAACGGUUUUACUGUUCUCCGUGCGCAGCCCCGGGGCCGCGAAGGUAGUGGUGGAGGCGCCGAUCGGGUUUUCGUUCCAAAGCACCACGUGGGGCCAGUCAACCUGUGUGUUCUCCAUGGACGGCUGGGCAUCGCUACCCGAAGGAGAAGACACGACGAGGGAGGAUGAAAACAACGUGCCGUGUGAGGUGCUUUGUAAAAAUAGCGGUGGGAAGGCAGCGACCAGUAGUGCUAGUAGUUCUACUUCUAGUUCCUCUACUGCGUCGGCGAGUAGCAGUGCGGUGCAAGAACAGCAGUCGGCAAGUGGAGUCAGCAGAAGCGGCACGACGACCGUUGGAGCGGAAAUAAAGGCAGCCUCCAUUGCCUCGUCGGCGACGGAGGUUGUUCAGGCACAACGGCAGGGUGAAACAACUGAGACGCAAAAGCAGCAAGAGGCGUCAGCACCGGGGGCCUCGGUCGUCGGCGCGCCAGAUGCUCAGCAGUGUAGCGCGACCAAUGGACGACCUGAUUGCCGGCAGAUUCGCGUCAAGUUGCACCGCGCUCCCGGCACGACGGGAAGUUACAAAGCCCAGGAGCGUUACGUCUUGCGUAUUUGGGUGAGAUUUCCCGACCACAUUUUCUACCCAGUAGAGAACCGGUGGACGAUGGUGCUACAGGAUCACAAGGGUCAAAUGUUGCAGACUAUGCGGGCGCCGGGAAUUCCGUACGAUAAGCGCACACUGGCACCCUUUUCCCAGGGGCCGUUUGCGCUGCAGUUGAAGGGACCCGUGAUUGAUGUUGAGGAUGCAAGACACAAGUAAGGACAGCGUCUAUGGUUUUGGUUUCCCGCACAGAUGUUGGUUUCCCACACACAGUUUCGCACAGAUAAGAGUCGUGGAUGAGGCAGGCUGCCUCUAUUGGAGAUAUGUAUGCGGCAAGUAGAAAUGCGCCAGAAACUACGCCGGAAGCGAGCCUCUUUUUGCAAGUGUUCGCAAUUUGUAGUUGAGUAGAGCCAGCCACC